ACUUGUUGUCCUGCCGCUGUUAAAGAUUCGAAUCGCCCGUUUGAACUCAUUCGUCAACAGACUCUCGUGCGGUGCGGUUCUCAGCCUCAGCCUCUAAAUUCUACAGCUCAAAUCACAGUCGGAAUUCUCUGGUCACUGGUCACUGGUCACAGUUCACAGUCGCACAGUUACUGCUUUUUCCGGUUUUCGAAAUAAUUUUCGAAAGUGCUGAACAAAUUUUUUUUUGGUUAUUGUGCUAAGAUAAGAAAUUGAAUAUAUAAAGCUUUGGCAAGUGAGCCAAAAGCGUUCUGAAUAGCGUUUUUCCAAUUCAAGAAACGACCGAGCCGAAGUGAAAGUGUGUGUGGCAAAUAUUUGAAUCCCAUUUGCGUUUCAAAUCGGAGGAGGAUUAAGCGGAGAAAGCUUGAGAGACAGAGAAAACACCGCAGUCAAAGAACAAGUUCGGAAGUCAGGAUGCGUCGCUCCUCGUUCACGCCCGUCUUCAACCUGAGCACCCAGGAGCCGCUGAUCGUGGUGGAGGAGUCGCACACCGCGGAGGAUGGCGACGACCUUGAGGGGGCGGCAGGCGGUUGCGAUCCGAAUGCCGGUGGUACACGGCGCUCGAACAGCGACGACUCGGAGCCGGACUCGCCGGUGAAUCCCUACCUGCUCUGCCCCUUCCCCGACAUGCAGCAGCGGCGCAAGCACUCGCUGCCCUCGCUCCAAAUCACCGAGGGCAUCACCGCCAGCCAGGUGCGCCGCCUAUCGGAGGUCGGCGGCGAAACCGGCGGCCUCAGUCCCAAGGAGGUCGAGUUCCUGGCCACGCUCUCGCAGAAGGCCAAUCCCUCGGCCGGCGGACGACGCCAUUCGGUGGUGACCAUCUCGGCGGUGCCGCCAACGCUAUUCGGACGCAAUCGCCGCGAGUCCAUUUCCGGCGUAUCCUUCAGUGGCAGUCGCCGGGGCAGCGUCAUCGCCGGACCGCCGCUGACCGACCACCGCGGCAGCGUGCACAACUUGCAGCUGGACAUCAUGGACGGCAUUGUGCAGCAGCGGAAGACGCGCAGCGGCAGCGGCGUCUGGACAGCGCCCGUUCUGCAGGAGGCCGACAGCAAUGUGCCCGUGCAGACAUAAGCGGUUAAAGGACACGCAGGACAUCUGGGAGGUGGACAGACGGAUGGAUGGAUGGAUGGAUGGAUGGAUGGAUGGAUGGACGGAUGGAUGGGCAGUCGAAUGGAUGGCUGGGAUGCGAGCUGAACGGAUGGAUUGGAUGGUGGUAACUGGGCAAUACAAACAGACGCCUGGCUACUCCGCCACUCGAACUGCAAAUGGACCUUUAUAAACAUUUCGUGUUUUCCUCACGCACACCCCCCCAACCCCCCACGACCACCACCCACCAUCCGAUUUUUCGCCGGGAAAUUGCUUUUCGUGGCUGCCGCAUAAAGCAAACAAACAAACCGCAAAACCGCACGAAAAAAUCGCACGAAAAAUGAUUCUUUUGCCAUUUUUCGGCGGGAGCUGAAACAAAAAUAAGAAAAUACAAAAAUAAACAAAAAAUUAUUAAAUUUCGAAAAUGAAAAACUGCAGUUAAACAAAGAGCGAGAUGGCGAGCUGGUUAAGAUUAAAACAAUUGGUAGAAAAAGAGGAGAAGUGGAAAAACAAAACGAAAUGAAAACAUUGAAUGAAAAGCAACAGAGAAAAGCGCAUCGCGACCAUUUUGAUUGCCAGCAAUUUCCGUUAACACCUGUGCCAUGUGCCACGCCCACGAAUGUCGCCGGUCCCCUAACGCCCCCAAACCAUCUGGAUGGAUAAUUGCAAAUAAUAUUUAAUUGAAGUGUUAAACAGGAAUGACAAAGGCAAGCAAAGAUAGCACAACCUUCGAAACCCUUCCCCAAAAUAAUGACAUUUCCCAAAUGGUCAAAAAAGGAACAAAUACCCAAAGUUCCAUCAGCAACCGAUUUAAAACUAAAAUACAACUCUAUGUUAUUAAUCUAUAAUAAAGCAUUACAAAAAUUAAAUCAAUAUAUUGUAUAUUCAGGAAUUGAUAAAUUAGUGAAUAACUAGCGAAAACGAAAAAAAAGCCGACUUAAAAAAUAACUAUUUACUUAGGACCUAGCUACUCCUCAUUUUUUGGACGUUGUGUAGAUUUGUGAACCACCGCAUGGAAGAAACCACCAAAGAAGAUACUAAGAUACAAUCCCACAGAAUAUAUAUCUAUAGAGCAGAAUCCAACUCGAUUAGAAGUGGAAAUCCUCAGGUGCUUUUCGAUCUAACUUGUUUUUCCAUUUGUCAGUUAGCUCUUAAUCCCGAUUGAUUCAAUCAACAAGUGCAAUCAAAAUUCAAGAGAGUUGACAAAUGUACCAUGUACCUAAAAUGAAAAACCCAAUAUUAAACUUUAAAGCGGAACAUAAAAACAUGAAAAUAAAACCUUAGACUAAGUGAAACGAUUUAUCGCCCAACCAGAAAUAAAACGAAUUGGAAAAUCAACUAUUUUUGAACUGGGCUUGCUGCUUGCCCAGCCCAGCAGGUCAGCCAGCCUUUAGUUCGAGUAGCCAUCCCCAAAAUCUGAAAUCCCAAUUGAAACAAAUAUUUUAUAUAUAACGAAAAAACAAAUAUGAGAGUUUGGAGAUUUCUUCAAUUUUAUUUUUGUUUUGUGGGGUAACAAAAAGCAAAUCAAUGAAACCAAAUACUUAAAGGUUCCACACAAAUAUCUAUUGAUUUCAAAUUCCCCGAAAUGGUGUAUGCAAUUGAAAUUUUAAAUUGCUUAUUAAGACGUAAUUUAUAUUAUAUUUU